CCUUGUAUUGCAAUUGAUUGCAAUGUUGUUUUGGCCUUUUGUUUGAUCAAUAUAUGAUAUAUAAAAAGUUUGUAUCAUGUUACUAACUAGAAAUGUAACAAGAAAUGGUCUUUUUAAAGCCUUGUUGUAUAUGUCAAGACCAAAUACUAUUAGUAAAUAUUUAACACAGCAGAUUAGUAUUCAGUGUAAAAGACGUAUAGGUUAUCUUGUAACAUCCCCCAAUGUUUAUUCAAAGUCAUACAAUGAUUCGACAGCGAUAAAUUGUAAAUUAAUAUCAAAUUUUAGUUCAGGUAAUUGCACGUGUCCUCAAAGUGAGCUGGAACUUACACCGGUAAGAUUUGAGAAAGUUUCAGAUGAAACUCUUGAAUCUUUGACUGAAUAUUUUGAUGAAUUAAUAGAAAAAGCAUCACAUUUAACAGAGGCAGAUGUAUCAUAUGGAGAUGGUGUAUUGACUGUUAAAUUUGGUAAUCUGUAUGGUACUUAUGUUAUAAAUCGCCAAACUCCAAAUAAACAGAUUUGGUUAUCUUCUCCAAAAUCUGGCCCAAAAAGAUAUGAUUUUGUGAAUGGUAAAUGGAUCUAUAAACACGAUGGAAAAACAUUACACGAGUUACUUAACAAUGAAAUACCAGCAAUUAUAAGGGAUCAAGCAGAUUUUAACAAGUGUUCCUUUAGUGGCAAAGAGAAAGAAGCUGUAAUGAAGACUAUUUAAUCAUAUCAUUUGGUGCUUAAAAUUGUAAUUAUAAUUAGGAUCAUCAGAUGUACUUUGUUGAAAAUACAAAAUUUCACGUU